AUGUCGGACGCCUUUAGCUCGAGUUUUCGCGAGUUCUGUGCAGGGGCAAAGCACGCUGUAUCACUUCAUCGUAUCCUUCUCUUCUAUCUCAAGUCACGCCUUAUAUGUGUGUCCAGCGCCAAGUGUUUUGUCCUGAAUGGUCUAAUCUUUCUAGGAAGCAUCUAUUUCUUCAAUCAAGCUGUCAUUCCUGUCAUUCAUUUGUUUGGAGAACUAUUGCACCGUUCCUUUUCCUAUGGAACAACUACUCAAGUAGAUGACGUUCGUGAUCGUGUCGAUGGUUUUGUAUUCUUACUGUACCAAGUAUUGUGGAUGUAUCCAAUCUACUGCAUUAGCUUCAUCCUGAAUACCAUUUGGUACCAAGAAAUUGCUGAUGAUGCAUAUAUGCAGCUUCAUGGCAAGCCGUCACCCAGUCGCGUGACGGAUAUGAUUCGAGACGAGAUGUAUCGUGCCAUUCUUGUCGCAUUCUUUCUGUUGCAGACUGUGCUGUCGUAUCUGAUUCCAGUAGUUGGUCCUGCUAUGAGUUUCGUACAUUUGAGCUGGCUCUAUUCGCUCUACUGCUUUGAGUACAAGUGGUCUUUGGCAGGAUGGAGCCUUGAGCGUCGGUUGGCACAUUUGGAGCAAAACUGGGCCUACUUUGCUGGAUUUGGUAGUCCUUUCACGCUUGCUACGUUUUUUGUACCAAACUUCGUGAGCAAAGGCAUCUUUGCUUUACUCUUCCCGGUGUUCUUACUCCUAGCAAUCGCAUGCAACCCUGUAUCAGAAGGUGAUCAGACAGUGGAAAAGUUGCCAAUUUUCAGAUUUUCGCGGUGGUGGAGCUUGCAGUUGUUGCGUCGGAUCGGAAAAGCUACAGGCUUGAAGACCAAACUGCAGAGGUCGAUGGAAAAGCAAAAGCAGAGCAAAAGGCGCUGA